CAUAAUUUCGCAAGGGCCUUAUUACUUUCUCUUUCCAUUUAUGAAAUUUUAGGUUAAAAAAAGUCAAAGCAAAUAUGAUUCUUUCCAGAUCUUUGAAAACUAGUAGUGUUUCAUUUGUUUUUCCUUCAUUGCGUGGCAAGACUUUUCAAGUGCUCUAAUUUUCCUUUUCUUGGGUCCCUAUAUAACCAUCGUAAAUAUCCCCAUUUAUAAUAAAGUAUUCUUAUGUAUAAUAAUUCAAAUUAAAAAUUAUAUAAAAAAAAAUGUUGGACAUCAUAUUUCCACCCACAAUCUACAUUUGCAGCAAUGGAGAAAACCUGCAAGUUUAUUUUUGCAUCUCUAGUCCUUUUACUAACCUCCCAAAAGCCUUGCACAGCCAAAACAUUUACCAACCUCGCCACAGAUCUUUCUUCCCUUCUCUCACUAAAAGCUCAAAUCGUUGUAGACCCUUCUCACACUAUCACAAAAAAUUGGACUAACUCGAGCUCCGUUUGCAGCUGGAUUGGCGUCACAUGCGGCACACGCCACCAAAGAGUCGCCACAUUAAAUAUCUCCAACAUGGGCCUUUCCGGCACCAUUCCACCACAACUAGGAAAUCUCUCCUUCCUCGUCUCCCUCGACCUCAGACGCAACAAUUUCAGCGGCACUUUGCCUCAUGAGUUGUCUCUCCUUCGCCGCUUGAGAUUUCUUUCUCUCUUGAUCAACAACUUUAGGGGAGAGAUCCCAUCAUGGUUGUCUUUCUUACCUAAACUCGACUACCUAUCUCUGAGAAAUAACAGCUUCACAGGUUCUAUUCCGAAAUCCAUCUCCAACUUAACAAAUCUAUAUUACCUCGAUUUCUCAUACAAUUCCCUUGAAGGCAUAAUCCCACAAGAGUUGGGCCGACUUCAAAAACUGCAACAUCUGAGCAUUCAAUAUAAUCAUCUGUCAGGAAUUAUACCAUCUGAUUUGUUCAACAUAUCAACCUUACAAGUUUUAGCUUUCACAUCAAAUGAUUUGAGUGGAAAUCUUCCAAAUGAUAUGUGCGCCAAUCUUCCGUUUAUUGAAAGCGUUUACCUUGCUUUAAAUCAAUUGAGUGGCCAAAUUCCAUCAAAUCUGUCACGAUGUUCACAACUUGGAUUACUUUCGUUGGCUUCCAAUUCUUUCAGUGGACAGAUACCUGCAGCCAUGGGCGGCUUAAAGUCUCUACAAAGUGUAGAUCUUUGGAAAAACCGUUUAAGUGGUGUUAUACCACAGGAGAUUGGUAAACUACAAAAACUGGUUGAGAUUAAUGUUGCAUCUAAUGAGAUUACAGGCGCAGUGCCCCUCAAUAUCUUCAAUAUCUCUUAUUUGCAGUUUUUUAGCCUAAGGAGCAAUAAAUUCUAUGGGAACCUUUCAAGAGACAUCGGGAAUCUUACAAUGCUAACACACUUAGAUCUCGGGGAGAACAGUUUCACAGGUGCUAUACCAAGAGAAAUCGGCCAACGUCUUUACAAGCUGGAUCAACUCGCAUUAGGGGUGAAUAUGUUGAGUGGUUCAAUUCCACCUGAGAUAUUCAACCUCUCAACUCUUAGAGUUCUUGCACUGACAGGGAAUCGUCUGUCUGGUGCUCUUCCAGCCAAUUUGUGCAGCGGCUUUCCUUUUCUUCAGGAAUUUUACCUUGGUGAUAAUCACUUCAGCGGACAAAUACCCGAAUCAAUUUCCAACUGUUCUCAACUCAGAUAUCUCGAUCUCAGCUUUAAUAAAUUCACUGGCCUUGUACCUCACUCUCUCGGAAGCCUAAUAUUCCUCAAAAUAUUGAGUAUUGCAAGCAACAAUAUAACGAUUGAAUCAUCACCAUCUUCAGAAGUGAGUUUCAUCACUUCAUUGACAAAUUGUAGAUCGUUGAUUUUUUUGGGAAUUAGUUCUAAUCCUCUUGAUGGCACUCUUCCAUCUUCCAUUGGGAACUUAUCUUCUCAGCUCCAAACAUUCGCUGCAUACAACUGCAAACUGAAGGGCAGAAUUCCUGCUGAGAUCGGCAGCUUAACUAACUUGGUUAAACUGUCUUUAUUCGGCAAUUACCUGUCUGGUAAUAUUCCAGUUACUGUGAAGCAUUUGCUUAAGCUCCAGGGGUUAUUUAUAAGCAAUAACAACAUGACAGGUUCCAUUCCAGAAGAUCUGUGUGAUUUACACAGGUUGUCUGUAUUGAGUUGGAGUGGAAAUCAGUUGUCGGGUGUAAUUCCAGAAUGUUUAGGAAAUGCCACAUCCUUACGCCAACUCAAUCUAAAGUCUAACAUGCUAACUUCAAGCAUACCAUUGGGCUUCUGGCGCUUGAAAGACAUGCUGAUACUAGACUUAUCUGCUAACUCAUUGACUGGAUUCUUGCCUCGAGAAGCAGGUAAUUUAGUAGCAGCUAUUUACAUAAAUCUAUCAAUGAAUCAGUUGUCAGAGUCUAUCCCAAGCACGAUUGGUAGUUUACAAAAUUUGGUUAGUCUUUCUUUAGCACAUAAUAGAUUUGAAGGUUUGAUCCCAGUGUCCAUUGGGAGCAUGGUCGGUUUAGAAACUCUUGACUUCUCCUACAAUAACCUCUCUGGUUCAGUACCAAAAUCUUUGCAGAAGCUUCAAUACCUCGACAAAUUUAAUGUCUCUUUCAAUGAUCUAAGUGGAGAAAUUCCCAGUGAUGGUCCUUUUAUGAACUUCACAAUGGAGUCCUUUAAAGGUAACGAAGCACUAUGUGGAAUUCCAAGGUUCCAUGUCACACUUUGUCAUGUUGUCUCCACUCACAAAUCUAAGAGGAAAAAGUUAAAAAUAGUUUUGUUCAUUCUUGCUGGGGUUGUGGCUUUCACCACAAUUCUAUGUUUGGGCUUUAUUUUCCUUAGAUAUAGAAGGAAAGGAAAAGUAGCUAGUGGAACUGAUGGAAUUUUAUCUAUUAAACUCGAAAGGAUUUCAUACAAUGAACUCUCGCUAGCAACUCAACAGUUCAGUGAGAGCAAUUUACUAGGCAUUGGAAGCUUUGGUUCUGUUUAUAGAGGAAUUCUUGGGGAUGGGAAUGCCAUUGCUGUAAAGGUGUUUAAACUGCAGUCUGAAGCUUCUUUCAGGAGCUUUGAUGUUGAAUGUGAAAUUCUACGUAGUAUUCGUCAUAGAAAUCUGACGAAAGUCAUAAGCAGUUGUUCCAAUGAAGAAUUCAAGGCCUUGGUGAUUGAAUACAUGCCUAAGGGAACCCUUGAAAAUUGGUUGUAUUCACACAACUAUUUCUUGGAUUUCAUACAGAGGUUAAACGUAAUGAUUGAUGUGGCGUCAGCAUUGGAAUAUCUUCACCAUGGUUGUUCCACUUCAAUUGUUCAUUGUGACUUGAAGCCCAACAAUGUCUUGUUAGACGGAGAAAUGGUUGCCCAUGUGAGUGAUUUCGGUAUCUCAAAACUAUUAGGCGAAGGGGAGAGCAUUGUGCUAACAACUACCCUAGCAACAAUGGGUUACAUUGCUCCAGAGUACGGUUUUGAAGGGAUAGUCACCACAAGGUGCGAUGUCUAUAGCUAUGGUGUGUUGUUGAUGGAAACCUUUACAAGAAAAAAACCAAGUGAUGAUAUGUUUGCUGGAGAUCUAAGCUUGAAGAAUUGGAUUGAAAGCUCAGUUCCACAAUCAUCAUAUCAAGUUAUAGAUGCCAACUUACUAAUGAAUCUUGACAAAGAACAUGGCGACAAAAUUGUCCAAUUCUCAUCAUCCAUAUUGGAGUUGGCUUGCAAGUGCUCUGCAAAAUCCCCUAAUGACAGGAUUAACAUGAAAGAAACUCUACCGGAACUGCAUAAACUCAGACGUCAGUUUUUGGGUGAAGCCUAAACCUCAGUGGUAAGAGUAAGUUGAUGGAUUCUCUGCAGUUACAUCCAUCCAAUAUCUUCCAUCAGCAACUUUGUCCGAUUUCAGCGUAAGAUCUUUAGUUGACCU